ACCACCUCCCAUCGCCAUCGCCAUCGYCAUCUCAUUCCCAMASUCGUCGCAGAAAGCCCCACCAUGCGCCAGAUCAUAACACAGGACUCCUGGAGCGCCGGCUCGAGGGGCAACAGCUCGCGGCGGUUCGGCGCCAGCGGCAGCCUCGGAAGGAUGGAUGCGUCCCCCACCAGGGGCGAAACCGAUUCCUCCUUUGAGGUCUCGCACACGAGCGGCAGCAGCUACGCCCACGGAAGCAAACCGCAAAUCGGCACCGGCGACAGCAACCGCAACAGCAACAACAACAGCAACCGCGGGACGUCCUUUGUGCCCGCGGACCACUCGGACCGGAUCGAACCCGGGUUUGUCUCGACGCACGAAACGUCCUGGGACGCCCUUGCCAGCGAUUCCCUUGCGGCCUCCAACCCGGUGGCCAGGACCGUCGUGACGCCCUCUCCUCCCUCGAGAAACCGAAUGCCGGGACGAUCGAGCAGCUUCUUGAGAAAGCACCGCCAGCAGCAGCAGCAACAACAGCAGCAGCAACAAAGGCAAUACCAGCAGCACGAGCAGCACCAUCCUUACCAGCAACACGAGCAACAACACCAACUACACCAACAGCAACCACAACAGCAACCACCACACCGCCCCGAAUCGGCAACCCCCUCCGAAGAAGACCCCCCGCGCUCCGGAUCGAAGAUUGCCCGGCUGGCCUCGAUGUUUUCCAGCCGUGCGGAACCGGUGGUGGUCCCGCUGCGGGCGGCUUCCCCGGUGGACCGGUCCGAGCAUUCCUCGCCCUCGCCCUCGUCCCCCCCCGGGUCGGAAUCCUCCGCCGGGUACGUCGUGUGGCCGGGGACCCAGGACCGCGAGGGGGUCACCGUUCUGGAGGAAUCGAGCUACGACGAGAGCGACGCAAGCGUCGGCGCCGCCCGGGAACCCGCCCGGGACUUUGCGGGCAGCGAUCGCGACAAGGUCCACCGYCUGGCGGGGGAGCGGAAUCCUUCCGCCGCCAGCAACGGCCGGAUCGUCAUGGAGCCCCUCCACGACGACGCGUUGUCGGACCUGAGCGCGGGCUACUCCCGGACCUCCUCGGCGUAUUUCAGUCCCGGAGAGGUCCAGGCGAUCCGCAAGGGAAACACMGAGCAGCUGGUGGCGAACCAGAACCGGAACCGGCUGGCGGCCACCGUCAUGAGGCGCUGCCUCUCGUCGUCGUCGUCGGUGGCGAGAAGGCACCCGCAGCAGCAGCAGCAGCACCACCACCACCAGAACCAGCUGCAGCCUCUCACGGAAGAGGCCCUGGCCAUGAAAAACCACCUGUCGCCACCCACCCGAAGCUUCGUCACCACCGGAUACCGUGGACUCUUGGACAAGACGAGAGACGUUCCCAACCUGAUGGACGAAACCGCUUCGGACACCACCAGUGCCGUGUCCGCCGCRACCAGCAGGCAAUCGAUGCCCCAGCAACCGCGAUCGUCUCCCUACGACAAGCAUCUGAGGGAACGGCAACAGCACCAACAACAACACAAACGGGUCGACACGAUCGACGAAUACGGCACGACCGAGGAUGUCUUUGCCACCGAGGAGAACGUCGGGGGAUACGAUGCGGGAGGAGCGAACAGGUCCUCCAACGCCUCGUUUCUGGAGGACAGCGACCACGAGGGACUCCUCGGGGUUCGGAGCCGGGAUUCCGUCGAAAAGCUGAACCUGGCCCUCCUGGGUGGCGGGUUGACAACAAUCCAGACCACCUCGGACGACUUUACGAACCGAAAGACGGCGAGCGACUUUGACGAAACCCUCAGCAACAGCGACUGCGACCAGAACGGAUUCGUCAAGAUUCCCGCCCUGAACGAGAUGCUCUCCGCCGGGAGGAACCACCACGAUUCGGCCCUGAGCUGCCAGUCCCUCCGGUUUGCCUCGGAAGCACGCUCGAUCCGGCGCAACCACCAGGACCGGUCGGGCCUGUUCUCGGACCCCCACGGCCCGGCACCGGCGCGCCACGGAGCCGCCGACUUUGACGGGAACUUUGGACGGUUCUACAUCGGCCCCGAGCAGAUGCAGAUCUUGGUCAAGAAGUUCCGCAGGAUGAGCCUCGCCCGCUGCAAGCGCUUGGACUACGAAGAACUGGAGCGCGAAGAAGACGCCACCAAGGCCUUUGCGCUCUCGGAGAUGAGGAGCCGGAUCAUGGAAACGGACAUCGAGCGCGGACUCGAGCGCAUGGGAGGGACCACGGUCGUCGACGACAUUGUCCUCACCUCCUUUUACAGGGCGGCGCUCCGCGUCCGGGAYGCGGUCAUUGUCGCCAAGGCCUGGCGGGACGGGGCAACCCCGCACGACGUCGUSACCACCUCGAAGCUGACRCGGCGCGACGAGCGUUCGUACUACAUUGCCCGCUACGGUGCCUCCGCGGGGGGCGCCGCCCGGUACACCUGGGAGGAGGUCUGCUGGCUGGACGACAGCGAGCUCUCCCGGUACCGGUGCCACUCGAUCGGCCCCCGCCACCUCAAGGGCGUGGAAAUGUUCACYAUCGGGGACUGCCAGAGCAUCCUGCUGAAGCUCUCCAACGAGCGGUGCAAGGAACUCCGGGCCGAGCUGAACAGGGCCACCGCGAUCCAGAUCGAGGCCGAGGCGGCCAUGAAGGAAGAGGGAGAAACCUUUGACGGGAUGAUGACGGAYGCCGAAAUGACCUACCUCACCUCGAUGGAGGAGGUGAAAUCGAUCUCGCARAAGCUCGUGCUCGCGGAAAAGUCCUUUGGGCUCGUCCGGGACCGGAUCGAGAAGCUGGUGGCCAAGUACGAGGCGCUCCUGGUGCAUUUCGAGAACGAGACCGAUUCCGUGGCCCCGUCCUCGGUCUUUUCGUACGAGAGCUCCUGCUAUUCCGAGGACUACUCCUUUGCCGCCGCGCAGAAGCGCGAGGACGAGCUCCUCGCACGCCGGGCGCGGCGUGCCGAGCUCCGGGCCGAGCUCGAGGCCCGCGAAUCCCGGAUGGCCCCCGGGGACAGCCAGUCCGUCGUCUUGGAACAGGAACGGGUCCUCGACRGCCUCAAGGCGCGGAUUUCCGACCUCCGGUCCGAGUCCUCGGCCGCCUUCACGGACCGGGAUCGSUCGGUCGUCCUGGCCCGGGCCAUCCGGCGGGGUCCCCCGGCCGCCGGCAGCGGAGACGCUUCGGGCAAGGGCACCGGCCGGUCGAAGAUCGACGACAUCAAGCAGCGCUUCCGGGACCGCAGCGCCGCCAAGUCGCAGGUGGGUUCCGGCAGCGCAUCCGGCAGCGCAUCCGGCGGGGGCCCGAACCAGCCCUCGGCACCCGGCGGCCGCUCGGGUUCCUCUGGCAACCGAACCGAUGCCAACCACUUCCAGCGCACCGUAGGAGAGGAGAUGUUCCAGCACCUCGAUUUCUACGAGCGCUCCCUCAAGGCCGUGGAAGGGCAUCGCUACCACUGACCAAAACACCCGAGAGGCCGCGUUCCCAACUUGGUUUCUUUGAAAGCAAACCAAGAAAUGGACGGGAMUUCUCAUUUUCCUCUUCAACAAUAAAAAAUACUACUACUCGAAAACAAUAWCUUUGUGUWCUACUAUACUAGUAGUUUAGGCCCAACCUCUAUCAACGUGAUCUAAUGGAUGUUCAACGUGCCRGCAGUAGAUUGAAAGGUAUACUAGUGGUACYAGUACAGUAGUUGUCUAGAGAUGAAUUUGGCCAUUCUGGCAGUAUACCGUACUUACAUGCCAUUCCCCAAUCCCCUGAAGAAUCAGACCGACAAAUUGAAUCMAGAGACCGAAAUCAGAGUUCGCGUAGUUGGAGGCAGGUUCCUCUCCGGGCUACUGCAGGUGUACUCCAUYCAUCAUCUACGAACCUUACGGCACAGACGAAAGAAUAAAAUGAGCUAUUCAAUGUACGGUACGAUAGGUGAGCCAAUAGGUGAGCCAAAAGCCAAAAAGCAUUAUGCCAUCAUUUUGGGGGUUGUGGUGAAAAAUUGCAACCCCGUUUUAAUACGUAUGACGAAGUCAGUCAUUUAAAUUUUCCUCURCUAGUUAACAUACAGUACUAGCUAACGUACGAUGCGAUAAGCGUACAGAAAAGUCACUCUACAAGGAAAAAAACCGAGUUGUACUGAUUGAUCGUACGUACGGUAUGGUACCAGGUGUACGAGUAAACAAAAACAGCAGUUUCAUUACAGUAGUUCUCCUUCAUCAUUCACUUCUUACCGACGCAUGCAUCUGCUCCGAUACCUGCAACAUCUGAACGACAAUAUACCACCUAAAAYUAGAUWCAGGAGAAAACACWAAGAAGSAUUGCAAGAUGAUGCAAGAAGAAGAUGAUACAGGAUCGAGUUCUUUCGAUCAAAAACAAGCAACUUGUAAGAAGGACCGGGUCAUUUUUUGCGUUUUGCGAAAACCGAAUACGAAUACGACUCSGGCUGCAGCUGCAGCUGCGACGCUGACCUCGAUACGAUUUGCAUUCGUCCACUCAUUAUCCUUUCCUGUUGUAUAYCUUUAAAUAAACUUUGUGACAACACGACAAAAAUACGACGUGUUGGUACAACGACCGUCUUACUUCUACUUGAUACGCUUUCCCCGAACGCAACUCUGCAGUUAAACGUGUGACCCAAUAUUGGAUG